AUGCUCUCCUCGGUCGCUAUCGCCAUCGCCCUCUUUCUUCCGAACGUCGCUGCACACGGCUACCUGUACUCCAUCGUCAUCGACAACACGACAUAUCUCGGUACUCCAAUGACGGGGCAAACCGUACCUACCAACUUCAUUGACUCAGGCGUGAUCAGACAAGUCGACGGCUUCAACGAUGAUCAAGUCACAGACCUGACUAGCUCUGACCUCAUAUGCGGAUUGAACUAUAAGCUCGCGCGACACGAAGCGCCUGCUAAACCCGGCAGCAAGAUCGAGUUCAAAUGGGUCGGGAGUGAGAACAGGGUGUGGCCGCACAAUAUGGGCCCAGUCAUGACCUAUCUUGCAAGCUGCGGCGACGGCGGCUGUUCAACGUUCAACGGCUCGGGUGCCAGUUGGUUCAAGAUCGACCAAAUGGGACUGCGGGAUGCGAGCGCCGAAGACUGGUACGUGAGUGACUUCCACACAGGCAAAUCGCUCUAUGUGACUCUACCAAGUAACCUCGCAGCGGGCCACUACCUCUUCCGCUCUGAACUCAUCGCGCUCCACAACGCCGUCGAAGCCGAGUUUUAUCCCGCGUGCGCACAACUCAACAUCAGCAACUCUAACCAGUCGGGUUCGGAGAAGCCGAACGCGUUCGUAUCGUUUUCCGGCGCGUACUCCCAAGAAGACCCCGGGAUCAAGAUACACGGACAGGCAGUUUACGACGCAAACCUCGAUUACGAGUUCCCUGGAGGACCCGUUAGUAAUGUCCGAGCGAUAGACGAUUCGGCUGGAGGUAAAGACCUCACAGCGCGCUCUAGCUCUGCCCAUGCGUCCGAUACAGGGUCUUCAGUGGGCGAGAAUUCGAUCCCGGCAAGCGGUUCGCAAAGCACUGCAGUCUCUCAAGCGCAAACUUCAAUGGGCAGUACGGCUACCGUGAUGUCUACGGAGUUGCCCGCUACGACGGUUUCGACAGCGCCCGCGGACAAUAACACCAGCGACCUCGCUUCGCUGACCACCGCAGGUGCCGAAGACGCCAAGGCAACCUGUGCGAGCAGCGCCGCUAUCGCACAGCGCAAGCGCAGGUCGCAUAGACACAGCCGCGCCGUUGAUGCUGUACAAGACCUGAGAAUGGCGCAGGCGCCUCAUCCUCGUCGAUGGCACUCGUAA